AUGGCAAGCGAGCAAGAUAUUACUGCCCUCAAAAGGCGUCGCGCAGUAAUUCUAGGUGCAUGUACGCGAACCAAAACCUUUGUCGAAUCACUCGAAAUUAUUACACCUUCCAUAGCGGCGCAACUAGAAGAACGUCGAACUAAAUUGAACGAUAAUUGGUCUGAGUAUCAAAAUGUACAGUUACAGAUAGAAACUCUUGACAAGGGCGAAUCAACCCACCGCAACGAUUUCGAAAAUGCAUUUUACACUCUAGCAGCCAGAAUACGCGAGUUACUGGUACCACAGGUCCUACCGCGAAGCGAAACCACGCCAUCCCCUUCCCUUUCAAAUGUGUCUGAAAUACCGAGAGCGACUACACACGUAAGAUUGCCGAAAUUAGAGCUCCCGGUCUUUUCGGGCAAAUACGAAGAGUGGACACCCUUUUUUGACGCUUUCCAGUCAAUCAUUCACGCUAACGCCUCCAUCAAUGAGCGGAGUAAUUUCAAAAUUCCACAAAACAUUAAACUGGCCGAUCCACAGUUUAAUAUAUCGUCCGACAUAGAUAUCCUGAUAGGCGCAGAACUAUUCUGGUCGGUGUUGUGCGUAGGGCAAAUAAAGGCUUCCGUAAGCCACCCCUUGUUACAAAAGACAAGAUUCGGCUGGAUCUUGGCUGGUCGGUUAGGCGAAUUCACAAGAAAAUCACAAAAAAUUCAAAGCCUUCACGCAUCAAUAACCAACUCGCAAUUGCAUGAACAGCUAACUCGUUUCUGGCAAUUAGAAAGUAUGGAAGACCCCAACACAUACACUAGUGAAGAAGUUAUUUGCGAGAAGCAUUUUUCAGACAAUGUAGCCCGAAACCAACAAGGUAGAUACAUUGUUAAGUUGCCAUUUAGGGAACUAGCGAAGGGAAAGAUCGGUAAUUCGAAGGAGAUAGCCCUCAAGCGUUUAUUAAGUCUUGAGAGGCGAUUCACGCGUAACCCUCAAUUAAAGGUUCAAUAUACGCAGUUUUUACGCGAAUAUCUAGCCCUUGGGCACAUGAGACAAAUAACCACGCCCGGUGAACUUGAAGGGGAAUCAUAUUAUUUACCCCACCAUUGCGUAUUCAAGAAUAGCCAGGCAGAAAACAAAAUCCGCGUAGUUUUCGACGCUUCCGCCAAAAGCAGUUCCGGUAGCUCGUUAAAUGACGUGCUUAUGACAGGUCCCGUGGUUCAGCAGGAUCUAUGGUCAAUCCUAAUACGUUUUCGAACUUUCGUCUACGUCUUCACGGCGGACAUAAUUAAAAUGUAUCGCCAAAUACUGAUGCAUUCCGAGCACACCCCCUAUCAACGAAUAUUGUGGCGGGAAGAACCUAAUUCCGAGAUCAAGGUUUACGAACUCCUCACAGUCACUUACGGAACUUCCUCUGCGUCAUUUCUAGCGACUAGAUGCCUCAAGCAUCUAGCAGAAACCAAUCGCCACAACUAUCCAGUGGGUUCUAUUUGUGUAAUCCGCGACUCCUGUGUAGACGACAUUCUAUCAGGAGCAGACACAAUCGUCGACGCGAAAAUAGCGCGCGACGAAACGAUUAGCUUAUUACGGUCGGGAGGCUUCGAGCUUAGUAAAUGGUCUUCUAAUUGCCCGGAAUUAUUGAACGGCAUACAGGAUCAAAACAAUGAUCCAGUCAUAAUUAAUAGCCAAAUGGACUCCCGAAUAUUAGGAAUGCACUGGAAUCAAUCCCAAGACACGUUUUAUUUUUCCUACAACCCAAGUCAAACCAAUAGUGCCAUUUCCAAGAGAGUUAUUCUAUCUGAGGUGGCGAGGCUGUUUGAUCCGUUGGGCUUGCUCGGUCCUAUCAUUGUCUUAGCAAAACUCAUUUUACAAGAGCUAUGGAAUGAGGGCAUUCAUUGGGACGAAUCCGUUCCUCAAGACAUCAACUACCGAUGGACUGAACUUAAGUCUCAAUUGCCUAACAUAAACGAAUUGCAAAUUCCGCGCUGCAUCAAGCCCGGUGAGAUAGCCCGAUUUACUCAAAUCCACGGCUUCUGUGAUGCAAGCCAACGUGCCUUCGGGGCAUGCGCAUACUUACGCACACAAACAAAAGACGGCUUUCAUUGCGAACUCAUCUGCUCGAAAUCCCGUAUUGCUCCUACCAAGGCUGUAUCAUUACCACGGCUGGAAUUAGCAGCAGCCUUAUUAUUAGCGCGUUUAAUCGACAAGUUAAAGGCCUCAACCGACAUGGCCAAU